CAGUUCAUGUGAAAUUCAAGCUUUAAUUCUGUUCUUUACUGCGGAAGUUAAUGCAACUGUGGGGGAUUGUGUUUAUUUUGUACGCGCUACAUCCAUUUUUUGAAGUUCUCCAGAUCAAAACAUAUAUGUAUUUAUAUAUUUUUUCUCUAAUCCAUGUUUGAAAUACUGCCUACGUCGUACUGACUGUAGAGCACGCGCCGUUAUUGUAGCUGCGAAGAUGCCAGCUAGCGCGAGCUCGCGCCUCACACGCCCAUGAGACCGGGCAGGAAAACGUCGCGGUCGCGUGCAUGCACACUAAAGCUUCGAGGACGUGCACUUUCUUUGGAUGUGAUAUCUUCGAGUCCUUAUUGUUGAAGAUGGAUACGUGUUCCCUUGUGCUUGACGUGUCUGAGACCAGCUCGAAAACUAUCAUGUCUGCAAGGGCAGCGAUCCGCCUCCAGCCGCGUCCAAGUCCCAGUUUGAGGACGGUUCUGGGUGUAAGGACACACUCUGGUCUGGUGCGAUAGAGGGAAUGAGGCGGUGUCUGACUCGUCUGCUGCGCUGUAGUUGUCACAGUUUCCCACAACUCUAAGGGAUGGAGUGGCUCAUCGUCUCCCUGAUAAUCCUGGUUGUUACUACCUCCGGACAUCUCUGUCCCAAGCGUUGCAUGUGCCAAAACCUGUCGCCAUCACUUGCUAUCCUUUGUGCCAAGACGGGCCUGCUCUUCGUACCCACAGUGAUCGAUCGCCGGACAGUAGAACUUCGUCUCACUGAGAAUUUCAUCACAGCAGUAAAGAGAAGGGACUUUACCAACAUGACCAGUCUCCUGCAUCUGACACUGUCACGCAACGCCAUCAGCCAGAUCAUGCCCCACACCUUUGCCGACCUCAAACGGCUAAGAGCACUGCAUCUGGACAGCAACCGCCUCACUGUGGUCACAGAUGACCACUUCCAGGGUCUAACUAAUCUACGGCACCUUAUUUUAGCCAACAACCAGCUCCAUAACAUUUCUCCACAUGCUUUCGAUGACUUCCUGGGGACUCUCGAAGACCUGGAUCUGUCUUACAAUAAUCUGGUGGACAUUCCUUGGGAAACCAUUGAGAGGCUCACCAAUGUAAACACGCUAAACAUGGACCAUAACCUUAUAGAGCAUGUCCCUUUAGGAGUGUUUUCCAACCUACACAAACUAGCUCGUCUAGAUAUGACCUCGAAUAAACUGAAAAAAAUUCCUCCUGAUCCUUUGUUCCUUAGGAUCCCAGUUUAUGCUAAGUCCAAGGGGUCUCCACUGACCUCACUUGUUCUUAGCUUUGGAGGAAACCCUCUCCAUUGUAACUGUGAGCUUCUUUGGCUAAGACGGCUAACGAGAGAAGAUGACCUGGAAACAUGUGCCACACCUCCUGAUCUUACCGCUAAAUACUUUUGGACAAUUCCUGAAGAAGAGUUCAUUUGUGAGCCACCUGUCAUUACAAGAAGGUCCUUCAAGACCUUUGCUAUGGAGGGUCAGCCGGCCAGCUUAAAAUGUAAAGCCAAUGGUGACCCAGACCCAGAUGUCCACUGGAUUUCUCCAGAAGGUCGUCUGAUCUCCAACACUUCCCGCACUCUCACCUUUAGCAACGGCAGCCUGGAAAUAAACAUCACCUCCCUGAAGGACAUGGGUGUGUUCACCUGUAUUGCCUCCAAUGCUGCUGGUGAAUCUACAGGCACUGUGGAACUUGUGGUCACUCCACUUCCUCACCUGGCCAAUAGCACCAAUCGCAUCCAGGAGACUGAUCCAGGACCAUCUGAUAUCUUGACGUCUGCCAAGUCCAGCUCUUCCUAUAGCAAUGAUACAAGAAUGCAGGAAAAGUCAGCAGUAUUUGCUGAGCUCACUGCAAAUUCCGCUCUCAUCAGAUGGCCUUCACAGCAGCACUUCCCAAGUAUUAGGAUGUUCCAGAUUCAGUACAACAGUUCAGUAGAUGAUACCCUGGUCUACAGGAUGAUCCCAUCUACAAAUCAGGACUUUCUGGUCAGAGAUCUGGCUUCCGGACGUGAGUACGACCUGUGUGUGCUCGCUGUGUACGAGGACAGCGUAACCUCGCUGACUGCCACGCGGCAGGUGGGCUGCGUCUCCUUCAUCACCCAUGCUGAGUUCACCCAGUGCCAUGUGUUGCGCAGCCACUUUUUGGGAGGCACCAUAAUUAUCAUCAUUGGUGGCAUCAUUGUAGCAUCUGUGCUGGUCUUUAUUAUCAUCCUUAUGAUUCGCUACAAAGUCUACAGCCAGCAUGGGCCCAAGGCCGGCAAGGGACUCGCCAAGAGCAAGGUACGUUCUCAGAGCAACGGAGGAGGACAAGUUCCUUCACAAAUGCCCUACUCUGGCUCUAAAGUUGUGGAGGGGCAGGAGGACCAAGGAUCGGGGUUCGGGGGAGGCACAAGGGUCACACCUUCCUCUCUUAAAGACUGCAUUACCAUGGCUUUAGUCAUGGAUUGUGAGAAGGGAGUGCAGAACUCAGAGGCCAGUGGUGAGGGCACAGUUUUACCCUUACAGAAACGCCUCUCCAGGACUUGCCUAGAGCAAAAAGCUCAACCUUCACUGUCCACCAUCGAUGGGACCGCCACUGUGGAAGGAAACACAGCAGACCAGCAGGUCAGUGAUGAGAAAAAGGUUUUGCCAGACUGGGGCAAUUUAAAAAUUUGAUGACCUCUACUGCUGUCCAACAAGAGACAGCCACCAACCCUAUCUCUAGGCAACCUGAAAUCAUGGAAAACUUAAAGACUGAAUGAGGGAAUCAUUUCUUUAAAGGAAAAAGUGCCAUUCUUCUAUCUCUAAGACUAUCCGAGAAAUUACGCCAUGUUAUAUUUAGGGACUUUGAGGAUUCGCUCUUGAAGAACAAAGACAUCUGAGUCUGUAGUUGUUGUGUGUCUCUGGCUUGUGGACUUUACUGCCUUCUCUCCUCUCUGAGACCAGGAGCAUCUUGUUUUGCUACCACAGUGUUCAUCACCACCUGAUGCUCUGUUUAGCAGAAGGUAUUCCUCCUUUUCCCAUCCUUAGAGAUAUCCACAAAAUUCAAGAAGGAAAUGUCGGACACACUGCUGACCUGAACCACUCUUUUUCUUCUUCUUUAACUCAUUUUUUCACAAAUGAGAACUGACCGAAGACACAUGGAGAAUAAAGGACACAACAAGCCGGAGUGUGUGACUGAGGAGUACAAGGGUUUUUUUCUAAUGUAACUUUAAUUUGGUGUUUUGUUUAGUAGUGUAUAUAGCUGUACAUAAGCAAUUUCAAAUCUUAUAGUUUUGUACAUGUAUUUUUUAUGGCGUUUAAUCAUAUAAAGAGUGUUUGAUUCAUGAGGUUUUAAUGUAACAACACAAACACAAAGUCUGUUGACACAGUGGAAGAAACUGCACAAUGUGUGUGGGCUGGAGAUGAUGAGAGGGAAAUAAUCAAACUUUAACAAAACUAAGGAAUCAAUUAUAUAGGAAAGCCUUGAAGCCUGAACCAAAGGGCAGUUCCACAGUUCCACCAGAUCUCCUGGAAAUGCAGAUGAAUUAAACACACAGGAUUCUGUUUGGUACAAAAAUAAGAUGAAUGCUAACACCACCACUGUCCCUAACACUAACCUUUGUAUCCUUUCAUCUGGGUUAAUUCAUGUGAAAUGUGCAAGUAUGAGACAUCUCCAAGUGUACAUGCUUUAAGAACUUCUGUUUUUAGAUGAAAGAAAUAAAUAUCUCUCUUCUGA